UUUCGCCUAUUCUUAGUGACUUUGGUGCCUAACAAAAACAGGUAUGUGUGGGCACUAUCACAUGUGACAACCACUACGGUACUUAUCAUCCAAGACACCUCAUCAGCAGGCAACGACCACAUACAAGCCUCACGGGGUAUAUGAAAAGAGGUCAAGAGCCCACUUCCUUAUGACUGUUUGGAUCAAAAGUGGCAAUGAUGAAUCACCCAUAUAAUGUAUUCGUGCUGCUGUCGUCAAGCAUAUUCUCCCUUCCCACAUCAUCGCGACUCUUUUCGCAGAGCUCAAUCAUGCCGUCCUAUUUCCUCCCAUACCCAAAAACACAACAUAAAAAUCAGAGCCAUCAAAAAUCAAUCCAUCGCUCUAAUGUCGAUGUGAAGAAUAAACCAUACCCACACCCCCAACCGGACCCCGACCCCUCGAACCCACCUUCCCCUUUGAAUCUCUCGCCCACUGACUCGCCAAUUUCCUCCUCGGGUUCUUCAACCAUAAAACCCCACCGCAAGACUCGCAAAUCGGUCCACUGGAAACAAGAUUACCACCCCAGCAUUCUGAAAUUGAAGAUCGUGUGCGGAGAUCCAGAAGACCCGAGUUUGGUGGUGGUGUUUGGAUUGCAGUUUCGCGAGGGAAAGAGACCGAAGGUUAGGUUUAGUGUUAGGAGGGGGCAUGGGAGGACUGUGGAAUUGGGGGAUGGGGUGUUGGAUGGUGAGAGGAAGGAGGAGCAAGGUGGUGAGAGAGACAUCAGAGGAGAAAAGAGCAGAGUGGAGGAAAGGGCGGAGAGGGACAGAGAUGGAGGAACGAGAGGAAGAAAAAGGAGACGAGAAAGCCGGACAUGAGGACAGGUAAGAAAAGUCGUACCGAAUAAUAU